UUCUGCAACAAGACAUUUCUUGCGAAUUCGAUAAGCUUCGGCACAUACCCCGCUUCAAAGAAAGGGGGGGCUACCUAGGGAUUCGGUUUCCCUUGCUUGCUCAAUUUGGAGUUCCCCCUACUCCCGCUUUACCCUAGUAAUCACUGAAUAUGGUCAAAUUCUUCUCACUCACUGGGACCUACCAGCACAGCUGGCCAACCGUGACCCAGGCAGUUUGGCAAAAAUACCCUAACCCGUUCGCUUCCCAUGUCUUGUCUUCCGAUGUGAUUGAUCGCACAGUGGACCCCGUAACAGGGGUCAUGACUACCACAAGGCUUUUUCUGAAAUCUGGUCAUAUGCCCAAGUGGGGACGUUCGCUUUUGAAUGUGCGAGAUGCCUUCAUCAUGGAACAGUCAAUCGUCGACCCGCGUUCCCGUCGCAUGAUCACCGUAACAAGGAAUCUGUCGCACACCAAGCUGAUGCUAGUGGAGGAAACUCAAACAUACAGCCAACACCCAGAGCAUGCAAACUGGACCGAAGUGCACACGGAUGUCCGCAUCAUCUCCAACACGGGCUGGGCACCUAUCAAAUCGAGAAUUGAAGGAUUUGGGGUAACAAAAUUCAAAGAUAACGCGAUCAGAAGCUCCAAGGGCCUGCUUCAUGUACUCGAACGGCUCACGCAGGGGGCCCGCUCAUAGCCAACUUUGUACAUUAUGAAGAAGGAUGGCGGUGAACUCCAAACUCCUUUCAAUGUUUUUCUUCUGUACCUGAAAUAUCAUUCUUCAUCUUGUAUAUUUGUCUUUGCGUUUCUUAUCUCUCCUUUGGCAAGAGCCGUUGGCCGUGGCCGUAAGUACAUCGAUUUUCAAGCAAAUCGCU